UCACAAAAUACAGAGACAGAGAGAGAGAGAUGACUAACUACUUCGGCGGAGAUGGUGGUGAGACGCGGCCGAAGACGAAGAUCGUGUGCACGCUAGGCCCUGCUUCUCGCUCCAUCCCCAUGGUGGAGAAGCUUCUCCGAGCUGGCAUGAACGUCGCUCGCUUCAAUUUCUCUCACGGAUCUCACGAAUACCACCAGGAAACCCUCGAUAAUCUCCGCAAGGCCAUGGAGAACACCGGCAUUCUCUGCGCCGUCAUGCUCGACACCAAGGGCCCGGAAAUCCGAACGGGGUUUCUGAAAGAUGAGAAGGCCGUGCAACUGAAGCAGGGGGAGGAGAUCACGAUCUCUACGGACUACAGCCUCAAGGGCGAUGCAAAGACGAUAUGCAUGAGUUACAAGAAGCUCGCGGAGGAUGUGAAGCCCGGGAUGGUCAUACUCUGUGCUGAUGGAACCAUCUCUUUCACUGUCUUGGAGUGCGACACCAAGCAGGGGCUGGUGCGUUGCCGUUGUGAGAAUACUGCUGUGCUCGGUGAGAGGAAGAAUGUGAAUCUUCCCGGGGUUGUGGUGGACCUCCCUACUUUGACUGAAAAGGACAAGGAAGAUAUCAUCAACUGGGGGGUUCCUAAUAAGAUUGACAUGAUUGCUCUGUCUUUUGUUCGUAAGGGUUCUGACUUGGUUGAGGUUCGCAAGCUGUUGGGACACCAUGCCAAGACCAUCCUUCUCAUGUCUAAGGUUGAAAAUCAAGAAGGGGUGGCGAAUUUUGAUGAAAUUCUAGCCAACUCAGAUGCAUUCAUGGUUGCUCGUGGUGAUCUUGGAAUGGAGAUCCCAAUUGAGAAGAUAUUCUUAGCUCAGAAGGUGAUGGUGUACAAGUGCAACAUCCAAGGAAAGCCGGUCGUCACUGCAACGCAGAUGCUCGAGUCCAUGAUCAAGUCUCCAAGGCCAACCCGAGCAGAAGCCACGGACGUCGCCAAUGCUGUUCUAGAUGGAACAGACUGCGUCAUGCUCAGUGGCGAAACAGCAGCAGGAGCUUACCCGGAGCUGGCAGUCCGCACCAUGGCCAAGAUCUGCAUAGAGGCAGAAAGCACAAUCGACUACGCUGAUGCUUUUAAACGGAUCAUGACAAACGCCCCGGUGCCCAUGAGUCCCUUGGAGAGCCUUGCAUCGUGUGCUGUUCGAGCUGCCAACUCGGCCAAAGCAGCUCUCAUUCUGGUCCUAACUCGAGGGGGGAGGACUGCGAAGCUGGUGGCCAAGUACAGACCAGGGAUGCCUAUUCUGUCUGUGGUGGUUCCGGAGAUCAAGACUGACUCUUUUGAUUGGUCGUGCAGCGAUGAAUCUCCGGCCAGGCACAGUCUGAUAUUCAGGGGUCUGGUUCCGGUUCUGUGCGCGGGAUCUGCAAGGGCUUCGGAUGAGGAGUCGACAGAGGAAGCCCUUGAGUUUGCCCUCCAGCAUGCGAAGACGAAGGGGCUGUGCAAGGAGGGCGAUGCGGUGGUUGUGCUCCACCGGAUUGGAUCGUCGUCCGUCAUCAAGAUUGUCACGGUGAAGUGACGACUUGAUGAUGGUGAGUUGAAGACAUUUUGAUCGCUCGGUUUUGGGGUUCGGGUAGAGCGAUAUGGAACAUUGGUGAUUAUAGUUUUUGCUGGAACAUGGUUUGGAUUACUAGUAGUACUACAUUUUUCCUUUC